AUGGCGGAUCGUCUUCUCGCGCAGAGUGAAGUUGAAUUUGCAGUGGAUUUGGGCGAUCGUUAUGCAGCUUCUGGUUUGUAUGCGCAGGCAGCGAAGUGCCACAGUGUGCAGGGGCUGCGUGCAUGGUGUGUUGAGAGAGGAGAGGCUGCGAGAAGAUUUUCUCUUUCGGGGGAUCCAAAAGAUUCAUCUUUUGAUGCUCCGGCUGAUGACGACACAACGCUAACACCCCUUGAAAAUUCAAUUAAACAAAUUGACCUCAACAUCCGAAUGGUGGGGUUGCAACGAGCUCUUGUGCGCGACACCGUUCAUUUGUUCUGUGUAUUGGCAGUGAGCCACCUGCAAGCGGCAAAGAGAGAACGCGCGUUGCUUUCGGGUGUAAUAUCGCCUGCACCAGCACAGCACGCCGUCUCAGCCGAAGAAGUUGAAUCUUUUUGUGAUGAAGUUGCAGCAGCUGCUGCUGCGUCGCCGAAUAAACACUCGAGGCAAAACAACAGCGCAGUGGAUGAUUGUCGGUCUCUGCUUUCUCUGCUGAUCGACCUGCAGCGUGUGGUGUAUGCACCUUUGGAGCUGUUGGAUUUAUUGAAUUUGCAAAUGCGUGAAAACCUCAAGACAGAACAAUUUGGCUUUCACUUUCCCGCUAUUGCGGCUCUCCGCCUGCAGGGGCAGUGCGUUGCAACUGCAGCAGUUCGGCGACUUAAUGCAUAUACAGAAGAAGAAGAAAUCGCAAAGAAUGAACUCGAUAAUGCAUGCAUGGCAUUCCUAUCCUUCGGGGCCGCUGCCGCCAGGACGCUGCAGCAGCCGCGAAUUCUGUCCAACAGUCUGAAGGAUUUACUGGCCUUGUCGGAUGUGGCCGUCCGGGAGAGCUGCGCCAGGUCUUUGAAGCGGCUUUCUGUUGUUUUGCAUGUUUACGCGCGAAGUCAGUGGGGAAACAGCAACAAAGAAGUCACCAUGGUGAACGCCGAAGGGGAGGCGGUGGAAAUUCCUGCAUUUCUGUGGCCGGCGUGGCGGCUAGCGGAGUGUGGGCAACCGUUUGACACUCUGAUCAACCUCUACUUAUCUCUGGAAGAGGAUGAACUGGCGAAGCAGCAGAGCCGGCUGGAGUCCACCGAGCUACAAACAAUUUUCUGUUGGAUAUUCGAUCAGUGGCUGACGAGCCAAGACGACGUCGCUGCCGCUUCAACUUACGUCGGCCUCCUCCACCGACUGACGGAGGCAGGGGAUCUCCCCUACUUCGCGUCAAGCGUCAGCGGACCCCUGCUGUCCCAGCUGAAUGAGGAAGAGCGGGCUCGAGCCGACGUCGCUGCCCAGCAGUUGACAGAUUCGCUGCUGCAAAUCGAGUUGGCUAUGGGGUGUGCAAGUCGUUCUCUGGGGGGUCUUAAGGACAACAGACAUUUUGUUGGAGUCAAUUCCCGCUUGGCUAUCAUUAAACAACAAGUUGCGGAGUAUCGGGCUGCCCUGCAUAAACAGGCGGUGACGGACCGCUUCACCAGCUUCUGA